CCUAUCUCUAUCACACGUUAAGCAAUCCUUCCAAUCAUGCCCUUCUCUAAAAUAGCAGCCGAGAAUUAUGUACCUAGCUCGGCCAAGAAGCCUCGGGUGGCCGUGAGGCCGUACGAUGAAGGGAGAGACAAGGCGGCCGUGGAGGAGCUCGAGCAGCGGUGUGAGGUUGGCCAGCCCGGGAAGCCCUCACUCGUGACCGACCUCAUGGGAGAUCCUAUUGCUAGAGUCCGCAACUUCGUCUCCCACAUUAUGCUGGUGGCAGAAUAUGGUGAUGGGAGGGAAAUAGUUGGGGUGAUAAGAGGGUGCAUAAAAACGGCGACGAGUGGAAAGAAAAGCUCAUCUCCAAUCUAUGUGAAAUUGGCUUACAUUCUUGGAUUAAGGGUUUCAUCCACGCACAGGAGACUUGGCAUUGCCAUAAAACUAGUCCAAGAAUUGGAAGAGUGGUGCAAGAAAAAUGGAGCAGAAUAUGCCUAUAUGGCUACAGAAUGCAGCAAUCAAGCAUCUUUGAAUUUGUUCACUCAAAAAUGCAAUUAUAUGAAAUUUCGAAAUCCAACGGUCCUCGUGCAGCCAGUUCAUCUUCACCACAAGCCGUUACCAUCAGAUAUCACAAUCAUUCGAGUACCUCCUAAUCUGGCUGAAUCUAUGUAUCAGAAAUUGUUUUCAAUCUCCGAAUUCUUCCCUAAAGACAUCGAUCAUUUACUAAGUAACAAACUCAAUUUGGGCACAUUCAUGGCAUUGCCAAAUAAAUUACUCCCAAAUUGGGACCCUAACAAUGGCGAAUUACCGGCUUCUUUCGCCUUACUUAGUGUUUGGGACACAAAGGAAGUGUUCAGGUUAAGAGUGAAGGGAGUGUCGAGCCUAACACAUGCUGCCUGCCUAGGAACUAGGGUUGUUGAUGCUAUGGCACCAUGGCUUAAAAUUCCAUCAAUUCCUAACAUUUUUAAGAAUUUUGGAUUUUACUUCAUGUACGGACUUCAUAUGGAGGGUCAGGAUGGUCCCAGAUUAUUGAAAGCUUUGUGCAAAAUGGCGCAUAAUAUGGCCAGAAAUGACUCUCGUUGUAGGGUCGUGGUGGCUGAGGUGGGCCAAAACGACCCUGUACGAGAGGCCAUUCCACAUUGGAAGAAAUUUUCAUGGGAUGAAGAUAUUUGGUGCAUAAAGAGAUUUGGACAGAUCAAUCAGGACUACUAUGAGUUUCCAGUGUCGUCUACUUCUCCUAUAUUUGUUGAUCCACGUGAUUUAUAGAUUUAAUGUUGGGGAUGUAUAGGUGUGUCUUAAUCUUUUUUUUUUCUUAUUCUUUUUGUUUCAAAUUGUACACAAGCAAUCAUAUCAAGUUCAAUUAAAUGAAAAUAAGAAUAAA